CUUUGUUCACGGACAUUAACACCAAAAGUCAAUGACAGGUUACGUUUCAUUGCAAGACAUUGACAUCUGACUGACUAAGUGGAACCUUCUCAAAUAGGUUCAUAUCUCAGGACGCCGGCAUCCUCUGAAGCUCAUCGUCCUCUAGGUCAUCCUGCCGUUUGCUCUUAUCUCUGGUAUCAUUACCACCACCACCACCACCAUGCCCCCCCUCUCCAAACUCGCCCAAUUCGGCACCCUCCACAUCGCCAAAGGCAUCGGGCGCCUCACCCCCGAAGUCCUUCUCUCUGGGUCCGGUUCCCACGUAACCACCACCUCCGGGCGACGCCUCUUGGACUUCACAUCCGGGAUAGGCGUCACGAAUCUCGGGCACUGUCAUCCUGGCGUUACGGCAGCGGCACAGAAGCAAGUUGGGACGCUGGUGCAUGGACAGGUCAACAUUGCGUUUCAGAAGCCGUAUUUGGAUCUGGUGGAGGGGUUGUUGCCGGUUAUGCCGGACAGGUCGCUGGAUACGUUUUUCUUUUGGAAUUCGGGGAGUGAGGCGGUGGAGGCGGCGGUUAAGGUUGCGAGGCAUGCAACUAAAAAACAAAAUAUCAUCGUAAUGCAAGGCUCCUACCACGGCCGCACCUUCGGCACCAUGGCCAUGACCCGCUCCAAAACCAUCUACGGCGAGAACUACGCGCCCCUCAUGCCCGGAGUCUUCUCCGUCCCCUUCCCCUACUGCGCACAAUGCUCCAUCUCCGCGCACUCAAACAACAAAUUCAACUUCAAUAACUGCUGCAUGGACCCCGUCCUGCAACUGGAGCUACUCCUCAAGCGCGAAUCCGCCCCCUCAGACACGGCAGCCAUUUUCAUUGAGACUGUCCUUGGUGAGGGCGGGUACGUGCCUCCUCCUAAGGGCUAUCUUGAAAAAGUCCGCGAGAUUUGCGAUAAGAAUGGUAUUUUGAUGGUGGUGGAUGAGGUGCAGUGUGGGUUUGGAAGAACGGGCAAGAUGUUUGCUGUGGAGCAUUAUGGUGUUCGUCCUGAUAUCAUGAUCAUGGCGAAGGGGAUUGCGAAUGGGUUCCCGCUGUCUGCUAUUGUCUCACGGAAGGAGCUGAUGGAUUGUCAGAAGCCUGGGUCGAUGGGCGGCACGUAUGCGGGGAACGCGGUGUCUUGUGCGGCGGGGGUGGCGGUCCUGAAGGCGUUUAAGGAGGAGAAGGUGCUUGAGAAUGUGGAGGUGAGGGGAAAGGAGUUGAGAGGUGCGUUGGAGGAGGUUAGGGAUGAUGGAAGGUUGGGGAAGGUGGUGUAUGAUGUUAGGGGGUUGGGAUUGAUGUUGGCGAUGGAGUGUGCGCCGGGGAAGGGUUAUGCGGGGAAGAUUCAGCAGAAGUGUUUGGAGAAGGAUAUGUUGGUGUUGACGACGAGUAUUUAUGAUACGUUGAGGUUCAUUCCGCCGUUGAAUAUUACGAAGGAGGAUAUGGCGGAGGGUAUAAGGAUUUUGAGGGAGGCGAUUGAGGAGGUUGUUGCAGAGGAGACGUGA